UGACUGGAGAAAAAAAAAGGAAAAGUGCAACAAAUCUCCUGGGUGGACAGUUGUCUCUCUCUGGAGCUCCCAGCGAGGAGUUCAGAAGUUACUCAGUCCAGUGAGGAGCGUUGAGAGGAGCCAGCUGUAGACGAUCCUGAGGGAGGAAAAGGACCCAGACAGACAGAGAGACACCAUGUCGACUGAGGGGAUGUCACGAGAGGAGGCUGAGGAGUACCAGAAACAGCUGGUGGACGAAAAGAUGGAGAGAGAUGCUGAGUUCCUGGUAAAGAAGGCUGAGAGGGCAACCUUGCGGACCUGCCUCAGAGAUAAAUACAGACUGCCAAAGAGUGAACAAGACGACAAUAUGAUCCAGUUGGCGGGAGAUGACAUCGACGUCCCCGAUGAGCUCCUCAAGAUGGUGGAAGAUGAUGUGGCGGAGGAAGAGCAAAACGACUCCCUCCUGGGGCAGAUGCAGAACCUGCAGAACAUGGACAUGGACCAGAUCAAGGAGAAGGCCUCCGCCAUGGCCACGGAGAUGAAGACCAAGGCGGAGGAGAAGUGCUCUGUCAUGUGAGGACCAGAGACUAUCGAAGCACGAUUUGCACUUCAAAUGGGUCAAAUUAGUAUUCGGAAAAUCCUUUCAUUUGAGCUUGGGUGGGGUUUACCAACGUGCUGUGUUUUAAAGGGUUUCAAAUACUUUUUGACCCAUGUAUGACCUGUUCCAGAUUAGUUCCCUACUCCAAGUAUCACUUUUACUUCCCUGACACAUUCCAGCUUUGAUUAAUUCUUCAGGCUACUUUAGCUUGGUUAAUCUGUCAACAGGCAGUCUCCUGGACAAGUGAAGCACAACCAGCCCUCAACUGUGGGGGGUAGUGAGGAAAACUUGACAGGGUAAUGAAUUAACUUUCCCUGUUAAGGCAUGUAUGGUUUCCUUGUUAUUUGUUGUGCACAGUGAGCCUUGUGCCAAGCAGGUUCAAUCAGACAAAAGAGAAUGUUGUUAGUUGUUUGACUUUGACAGUAAAUGUAAUAUUGUCCAUUUACAUUUUUAUUUCUUUGAAUUUCUCAAAUGAAAAACCUUUAUUGACAGACUGUAUACAACUGGAUUUUGUACUUUUGCCUGCCUGUUUGUAAUAAAUACCUAGAUGUUUCAUAAGAACCGC